AUGGCAACAAUAAAUGUGACGGAGGAAAGCAAUAAUUUUGAAAAUUUCGAAAUUUUUUACUUUUACUUGAUCGUACUUCUCAUCGGUUGUUUCUGCUUUUAUUUAUGGUAUAAAAAAAAACAGAUUAAAAAAAAAGAAGUAUCUUAUGAAGACAAAUUGAUUGAAUUUCCAAAUCUUGCCUUUUAUAGAAAUGAGAUACCUUCAAAGCCAAAUGGAGAUUACAUAGAAAAUAUCUUGACUCACUGGAAAGGAAACAACAAUAUCUUAGAAACAAAUCAUUCCUAUAUACAAUGGUUGUUUCCCAACCGAAUGUAUGGAGUGAACCCAGAAGCCUCUGUUCUCAGGGAUGAAGAAGUAAAAUUUAUUAGAUGCUCUGCAGAGUUGAGAGAAAGAGUGAAGAGGGCCUUUGAAAUGAUGUUGGAGUUUUAUGGCAUGAGGCUGACAAGCAAUAACAAGUUUGAACGUGCAAAAAACUCUAAAGAGAGACUCGCAGAACUUAAUAUUUGGAACAAUCACAAUUUCCUUCGUAUUUCAAGAAUCCUGCUGGCUCUCAAAGAACUUGGUCACCAAGAAUUGAUGUUGCCAUGGAUGAAGUUUCUGGCUGAAUUGAUUUACAAAGAGAAAGUGCUGACCUGUGCAGAAUCAAGUUUUGAAACUUACUGGCUUGAAACAUUAGAUGCAGAAGACAAAAUAGAGUCUAAGAACGCCUCAGAAUAG